GACUUGCCGCCAUUUCCGUCUAGAGUCCGUUGAGGAAAAACUUGUGGCAAGGUUACCAGCAGAGUAUGGCGAAUUUGUAGUGCAUGAAUUCAUUUAGUAUUGUUUAUGAUUUCUAUCGCGUGAGAAAUGGAAGCCGCUGAAAGUCCCGAUGUGUUGGAAGAGGUCGAAGCUCUAUUCAAGAAGCUGCAGCAUUUGCCUGAAAGUAUCCGUAAGAAAGCUUUAAGUUGUAUUCAGCAAAAGCUGCCGGAUACUGCGGCAUCAAAUGAUGAACCAGCUGGUUUAAGUCAAAAGCGGCCUGGAUUAAGGAGAGGAGGAAGUCCUCGUAAAAUAUCAGUAUCUCUUGAAUCUGUUGGUUUAGCUAAGGGAUCACCCCGAAAGAUCAAUACAACCGAAGAUGAUCCUCUCAAUAAUCAGUCUGAGGCUGAUGACCAGAUUAAUGAUGCAGAUGAAGUGGAAGCCUCACCUUCAGAACAAGAAUCAACAUUUGAAAGUCCUUCUAAAGGUGAAGAACAAAUUGAAAUCACUCCAGGACAAAGCGGUGUUAAAGGAAAAUUACCAUUUCGACUGCGAGUAAAAAAAGAAAAAGAAAUUCAAAGUUCGUCUCAUGAUGACAUGAAGGUGCCUGCCAUUGAUGAAGGAACUCCUGUUGUCCUGAUGGAGGAUAUAAGAACUUUGCAUGGGCGCAAAACUAAGCGCAUUAAUGUGGCAAACCUGAUAAGAGGAGUUAGGAAGCCAAGAGCACAGCCAGCUUCACCCACUAAGCCAAGUACCAAGGCUAAGGACAUUGUUAUUGAAAGGGUGACUCCUCGGGUUUUAAGACAAAGUGCUGCUGUGUCGUCUGACAUAGCUGAUGUGGAAUCUGCAGAAAUUCUUGCUAGUUUGUCAAAAGUUUCUCAAAAAGAUUUGAACCAAGGAAUCACUUUGAAUGUAAAUCUUGAUCAGUCAGACUGCCUCAAAGAUAAGACUAACAAUCAAGAGAGUGAAGGUGUUGAGAUAGCUGUAGCAGAAGAUGAAUCUUCUAUGAUAACUGUUAAGAUUGAAUCAUCAGAAACCAUUGUGGAGGAUCAAACUGCAGAAGCUGGUGAUGAAGAGGGUACUGUCAUUGUUGGUGAUCCAUAUAUUCCUGCUGAGGAUGACGAUGAAAAUGAAGAAGAUGAAGAUGAUCCUGUUGAGGAGGAAAAUGAAUAUGGUUGUCAUUUCUGCGAUUUUAAGAGUAAAACCAAGUAUGCAUUGUCUGUUCAUGUAAAGAAGCACAAAGAAAAUAUUCCCAAAAAUUCUUCUAAAACUGUGUAUGCAUGCUCAGAGUGCAACAAGACAUUUAGUCAAUCUUGUGGAUUACAGCUCCAUAUGAAGAGGCAUCGGAAUGAAAGAGAUUUUGCAUGCCCCCACUGUGAAUAUAAAGCAUACACAAAAGUCGACCUUUCUCGACACCAGACUAUUCACACAGGAGAAAGAAACAAAAUUUGUGAAUUUUGUGGUAAGGCCUUUGCUAAGGACUCAACACUAAGAGACCAUGUUAAGGCCAUUCAUGAGAGGAAAACAAAACAUGAGUGCGAAGUGUGUGGCUUUGUCACUCACCGUGCAAACAAUCUUCGAGUUCACAUUAGAAUGCGCCAUCAUGGUGAAUAUAAUAAUCAUGUGUGCCCUGUCUGUGGAGCAAGUGUGAAGCAGAAAAACGCAUUUUUGGAGCAUAUGCGAUCCCACACUGGGGAAAGGCCUUACAAAUGUGACGAAUGCUCAGCAUCAUUUGCUUGCCUGGCUCGUUUGAAUGUCCAUCGAAACGCAGUCCAUGGUGAACGCCUUUUUAAGUGUGGUGACUGUGACAAAAGUUUUCAAACUAAGCAUCACCUUUUGCGUCAUCAUGCAAUCCACACAAAAGAGCGCCCUUAUGCUUGUCCAUUUUGUUCUUAUGCAUGCAAUACUCAAGGCAAUAUUGCUAAGCACGUACGAUCGAUCCACAACUGUCCUGACUUCUCAUACCGCAAGUAUAAAUUAAUGCAAGAAAAUGGAGGACAGCCGUCUCAGGUAGAUCCAGAAUGGGUGCGGAAGGGUGAGGAAGUUACCAAAGAAUACCUCAACAACCUUUCAGAAAAAAUGGGCCGUCCUAUCACUUUGGAUGAGUUAUGGGAUAAAGAAAAGGAACUUCAGAAGAAAAAGGAAGAUCAAGAGAAAGCACGAUUAGCUUUGAAGGAACAAAGGGCAGCUAAAUCGGAAGCAGCUGGAGCUGCGUUUCUGUCCAAAGCUAAAAAGAGGAGGGGGGAUGCCAGUCGAAGGGGUAAACAUGGAAGUCAAGAUGGAUCACAGGAGGAUGCAGAUGACCCUUCAACUAUUUUGAUUUCGGACAUUGAUGCUGAUGGAGAGGGAACAAGGACAGAAUUUCCAUUUUAUCAACUGGUAUCCCAGGCUGGUAAUAUUCAACUUUGUUUGGAAACGGACGAAGUACAGGUGUACACAGGAGAUGCAACUAGAGAGCUUUCAAUUUUACAACCCAAAGAAGGUGAUGAUGAUGAAACUGAGACUAUGGCUGGUGAAGAAAUUCAAACAAUUCAAGGGUACAUGAAUGAGAAUGGUGAAUUUGUUCGUCUUGAUGAAGGUGCCAUGGUGACUGAGGACAGCUCUACAGUUGUUGUAAUUAUUGAUUCUGAGCUGAAUGAAGGAUUAACCCCUGAAGUGGCCGAUGUCAUGGAGGUCUCAUGUAAUGAACAGAACAAACAAAUAGAGUCUAACAAGAGAAGCAUAGAGUGUGAUGUUCCGAUGGAUAGAGAUAGUAAACGGAAGAAGUCAGUUAUUAGAAUUAUUAAGCAAGAGAUAGCUGAUUAGUAAGAUGAAUGUUGUUAGAGCACUGGGGUCUUGUAGACACUACUACAUUCCUAGAAUUCCUUUACAUAAAUGUUUGAGGGUAAGGAGGUUGUAGUUUCUGGGAUUUACUUGUAGAAAUAUUUCCACUUAAUCAAGUUCAAUGGUUUUCCUUGCAAAUUAAAUGCAAACCAUGUUUAAUAUUAGUCAGAUUGAAGUGAGUGUUGAAACACUUCCAUUUAUAUUUUCUUGAGCUUGGAAAUGUUACUGUUUAAGGCAUGUAAAUAGGAAUCGUUCAUUAUCUAGUGCGUUAGAUAUUUUUUUCUUCAUUGCUUUUAGUUUGAUUAGAACUACUGAGUGUUUUGGUUUUGAUUAAUUUUAAAAUUUGAUUAAAGUGCUUUGUAUGAAAUAAAUUACUUGUGUGAACGUAA